AUGUCUCUCUGGAACUUCACGCUCCUGAUUCUUGGCUGCUGCCUACUGCUCUUCGCAAGCGACUCACAGCCGAGAUUCUUGGCUGGCGUCCUGUUCUUCACGGCAACUCUGGGCAUAGCACUGCAAGAAUUUGAUCUGUCUCUGACGUCUAGAUGGAUCGGCACUACACUCUACAUCAUCUUGAACAUAGUUGCGGCCGCACUAUCGCCGCUCCAGUACUUCCUGCCCAGGUCAAAACCACGGUCCAAAGUCAACCCUGGCAUCCUCGUCCACCAUCCGGAUGUAGAGCAGAAGGUGGAUAUAAGUGUGGACAUCGUAGCGGUACAUGGGCUAGGAUCGAACCCCGACUGGGCUUGGACCCACGAAGAGACUGGAGCGAUGUGGCUGAAGCACUUCCUACCUAAAGCGUGUCCUAGAGCCCGUAUAAUGGCUUUCAAUCACAACUCUGCGUGGGACAUCAAUGCCCCGGUCAAGUCGGUGGAUGUCUGUGGUCAGCAGCUUCUUGAUGCUCUCAAUACAUCUCGUGCGGAAACGGAUCGUCCGAUCAUAUUUAUCGGGCAUAGUUUUGGGGGUAUAAUAAUCAAAAAGGUUCCUGUCUCUCCCGGCGGGACCUGCGGGACUAGCUAUUGGCUUGGCUCGAGCACAGAGCUCCUCGAGGCGCUAGAGCCUGGGGCAAAGUCUCUUAGAGAGCUUAACGACUCAUUUCUCAAGGGAUAUGGGCGGUAUGAUUUGGUAGGCUUUUUUGAAACGUUCAAGUCGGGCAUAUGGGGUGUGCCUUUGCUGCUGGCAGCCGAUAAAGACGCGUGUGGCUUUAGUGGGAAACCGAAUAUUGCAUUGGAUUCCGAUCAUAUUGGGAUGAACAAGUUCAGAUCCGAGACAGAGCAUAAUUACUUGCUGGUACUUACGGAAAUCAAGAGAAUGGUGGAAAAGGUUCAGCAAGAGCAGUCAAAGGUUCUAAACUAUGAGCAAAACAAAUGUUUGCAAACCCUCUUCUUCCACCAAUUAGAAGACCGUCGAGAGGCAAUUGAACAGUCGGAUGAAUCCACACACCAAUGGAUAAGCUCAGAUACCACGUUUCAGGACUGGGUAGAUAAAAAGCACCAGCUGAUUUGGAUCUCCGGAAAGCCUGGAGCUGGUAAAUCCACACUCUCCAAAUACCUCGUGGACCAUGUAAUGCAACGCGAGGGACGCUACAAUAAACCGGGCACAGCAAUUGCAACCUUCUUCUUCAACGACCGAGGCAGUGAGCUUGAAAAAUCUAGACGAGGUUUCCUUCAAUCGCUUGUUUACCAGAUAUUACAACAAAUACCCCGCUUAUUUAAACAUAUCAUUCCUGAAUAUCGAAGUAGGAAUUCGGAGACUACCUCGUCUAAAUAUCCUCUGAGCUUUCUCGAAAAAGCUCUUCUUGCGAUGAUAGGGGACCCCGAGGCGAAAUCGAUCCUCUUUGUAAUUGAUGCUCUCGACGAGUGUGACAAGACGGAGAAAGAGUGGCUUUUGAAGUUGAUUUUCAAGAGCCUUGGAGAGCACCCAUCACAACCUCACAUAUUCAUCACCAGUCGUGAAGAUUCGACUAUACAACGCUACUUGAAAGGUUACCGGUACCCUACGAUAAAGUUGGAUGUUGUCAACAAGAACGAUAUCCAAGCGUACGCAGGCAUCGAGCUACAAUGUCUUUUCGAAGAUCCGGACUACCAGGCUGAUGACAUUAAAGAUCUCAAGGAGACCGUGAUAGGUCGGUCACAAGGAGUAUUUCUCUGGGUAACUCUCGUUAUAAGAGAGCUCAAAGAACAAAUGGAUGAUGGGGGCACUGUUCUUGAAUUGAAAGAGACACUCGAUGCUAUUCCAAACAAUUUGCUCGGCUUUUACGAUCGAAUCUUUAAGAAAUUGGAUGCUGAAACGAAGGGCGAAGCAUGGAGAAUACUUGUGUGGGUUCUAUUCGGAGAACGGCCCCUCACGGUGGCGGACUUCCGUUACGCUGUUGCUGUCGGUUCACCAACACGCAAUUUCGACUCACUGGCUUCAAUGCGCGGCUUCAUCAAGACACCAACCCAAAUGGAGAAGCAAGUACGUAAGAUCUGUGGAGGGUUACUAGAAUUCAAGAUACGUACAGGAACACCGGAAGACCUCGAUGGAAGCAAUAAAUCUAUUCAACUGAUCCAUCAGUCGGUAAAAGACUUUCUUCUGAAUAAGGAGGUUUCUGCUACCUCAUCGUUCUGGAUCGUCCCGUCCGAGGCUCAUAACCAUCUGGCACGAGUCUGCCUUACUUAUGUGACCUUUCCUGAAAUUGCGGAAUUCCCCCUUAGCUAUCCCCAAUUAUCCCGCGGAGAGCCUAAUCGGCCUUUUCUGGAGUACGCAACGAUAUACUGGACUCAUCAUGUAUCACUUGCGGUAUGUGAAACAGUCGGUGGAAGGCAAAUGGAGAAAUUUAAAUGGCCUGAAACCAAUAAGUUUAACACAUGGAGGGAGAACCUACGUCUGUUGACUUUUGGUCGCAUGAGCUUCAAGACACCAUUGGCUGUCGCAUCCGAAACCGGCUUACUCGAUGAUUUCCAGCACUUCUUAGCUCUUGAGACUGAAUCAGACCCUGAUCACCAGCGUCAGGUACUUGGAGAAGCUCUGAUUGGAGCAUCCUUCGGGGGCCAGGAGAAGUGUGUUGAAUUACUUCUCACAAAAGGCACCGAUGCGAAUUUUAGCACUGAGCGACGCGGGGGCCCUUUGCAUGCUGCAUCGGGAAGAGGACACGAAAAGAUAUUGCAAAUGCUCCUACAAGGCGAUAUUGACGUUAAUCUUCGAGGAAGAAAGGACGAGACCGCUUUGCAACUAGCGGCUGAAAGAGGUCACGAGCGUAUUGUAAAGAUGCUUCUUGAUCAUGGUGCCGACGUAAACAUUCAGGGCAGAAGGUCUAAUACAGCUUUACAAGCGGCAGCCAUUGAAGGCCAUGACAGGAUCGUUCAAUUGCUCAUCGAACACGGCGCAGAUGUGAACCUCGAAGGCGGGGAAUUCGGGAGUGCUUUGCAAGCAGCCGCUGCGAGAGGACAUGUCAAGACUGUCAUGUUACUUCUCGAGGGCAAAGCCGACGUGAACAUACGGAGCGAAAAUUAUAAAAGUGCCUUGCAAGCAGCGGCGGAAAGGGGCGACGGGAAGGUUGCGCGGCUACUUCUUCAGAAGGGCGCUGAUGUUAAUCUCGACAGUUUUGAACACGGAAGUGCCUUGCAGUUGGCUGCCGCUGGAGGCCAUGAGAACAUUGUUCGACUACUUCUUACCAAGGAUGUUGAUAUAGGUCUAAAGGGUGGAAAAUACGGAACCGCGUUACAAGCAGCGGCAGCGGGAGGUCAUGAAAAAAUUGCUUUGUUACUUCUCGCCAAAGGCUUUGACAUAAACCUCGAAGAUUCGAAUUACGGAAGCGCUCUACAGUUAGCAGCUGCCCAAGGCCAUGAGUCAGUGGCGCGAUUACUCCUUGAUAAGGGCUUUGAUGUCAAUAUUAAAGGUGGGGAUUAUGGAAACGCCCUACAAGCGGCUGCAGCUGGGGGGUAUACCAACAUUGUCAAGAUGUUUCUUGUAAACGGUGCUGAGGUGAAUCUCGAGGGUGGGGAUUUUGGGAGUGCUUUACAAGCAGCAGCCGCGGAGGGCCACGAGGAGAUUGUUCGUAUGCUCUUAGAGCACGGUGCUGAUACGGACAUGGAGGGAGGAUUUUUCGGGAGUGCGUUACAAGCUGCAGCCGCAGAAGGCUACGAGGAGAUUGUGCGAUUCCUUCUGGAGAAAGACGGUAAUGUGAAUAUAGUGGGAGGUGAACGGUACGGAAGUGCCUUACACUCAGCUGCUGAGAGAGGGCACGAGAGUAUUGUCUUCUUGUUACUGAAGAAGAACGCGAAUGUAAACCUUAUAGGAGGAGAAUUUGGAACACCGCUGCAAGCAGCAAUCAUGGGGGGUCAUGAGCAAAUUGUCUACAUGUUACUCAGGGAGGGUGCAGACCCGAAUCUUCAAACCGAACAACAAAAAUAUAAAAGCCCUUUACAAGCAGCAGCGGAGAAAGGCCACGAGUUUACUGUCAAGAUGCUUCUCGACAACGGUGCUGAUGUCAAUUUGGAGGGUGGUACUUACGGGAACGCCUUGCAAGCAGCGGCCGAGAGAGGCAACGAAACUAUCAUGCGGCUUCUUCUCGAAAAAGGUGCUGAUGUCAACCUGAAAGGGGGAACCUAUGGAAGCUCUCUGCAGGCAGCAGCAAUAAGCAGGAACGGUUUAGUUAUAGUACAGAUGCUUCUAGCCAAGGGUGCCGAUGUGAAUACUACAGGUGGAACUUAUGGAAGCGCCUUACAAGCAGCGGUUGUGAGGGGGAACGAGAGUGUUGUUCGGAUUCUCUUACAGAAUGACGCUGAUGUCAACCAGAAGGAGGGUUUCUAUGGAAGUGCUUUACACGCCGCAGCUAUCCAUGAUUAUACGGACAUUGCGCAGUUGAUAAUAGAUCAGGGUGUGGAUGUGAAUAUCUCAAACGAAGAAUAUGGAACUCCUUUGCAAGCUGCGGUCGAGAGAGGGAACGACAAAUUUGUACAACUGCUUGUGGAGAAUGGCGCACAAUUGCUGGAUGGAAGGAAUUGA